CUCUCUCCACUUUUUGCUUUUUUUCCCCCACUCCAUUUACAAUAAACUUGUCAUCUCUCCAAUGCCCACCGACAUUAGCCAAGAAUAUGAUAUUAUUAUAGUUGGUGCCGGUAUAUUGGGUUGUGCAGCCGCUAAAGCUUUCGGUUCGGACGGCAGAAGGGUUCUAUUACUAGAGCGCGAUUUAUCAGAGCCAGAUAGAAUUGUAGGCGAAUUACUACAACCAGGAGGCAUAAAUGCAUUAAAAUCGUUAAGGUUAGAAGACUGUGUGGAAGGAAUUGAUAGUAUACCUUGUUACGGCUAUGGUAUUCUACGUAAUGAUGACUAUGUACAGCUUUCAUAUCCUAUCGACACUCUCACGGAGAAGCAAGCAGUUGGAAGAUCUUUCCAUCAUGGCCGUUUUAUCCAAAAUUUAAGACAAGCUGCUACGACUACCGAGAAUGUUACAGUGAAAGAACUGACAGUAAAUACACUGUUGAAAGAAGAGAAUGGACAAGGAGAGAAGGGAAAGGUCAUUGGCGUUGUUACUCAAUCGAAAACAGAUGAAGAGUUUAGAUUCUAUGCCCCACUUACAAUUGUAUGUGAUGGUUUAUUUUCCAGGUUCCGCAAAGAGUUUACUAUUAAAACACCAGAUGUAAGGUCAAACUUUGUGGGCUUCAUCAUGAAAGACGUCAAGUUACCUUACCCGCAUCAUGGACACGUUAUACUAGCAAAUCCUUCACCUAUUCUAAUGUAUCAAAUCAGUACACACGAUACACGAGUUUUAAUCGAUAUACCCGGUAAAUUGCCUUCUUUGUCCAAUGGAGACUUGAAACAAUAUCUAAGAGAGACUAUCGCACCUCAGCUACCUGACACCAUACGCCCUAAAUUUUUGGAAUCUUUGGAGAAAGAAAGGAUUCGGUCUAUGCCAAAUGGCUUCUUACCGCCUUCCAUCAAUCAAUGCGAAGGUAUGAUAGUAUUGGGUGACGCAAUGAACAUGAGACAUCCACUCACAGGAGGUGGGAUGACCGUUGCAUUCAAUGACGUUGUACUUUUAAAAGAGCUCUUAUCACAAGAAAAUAUACCUUCAUUUACAGAUACCGAACUUGUUUUACAGCAGUUGAGAUCUUUCCACUGGAAAAGGAAAAAAUACUGUACAGCUAUAAAUGUUUUGGCCAUGGCAUUGUAUACCUUGUUUGCGGCAGGGAAUGAUCCUAAUUUGGCCAUCCUACAAAGAGGCUGCUUCGCUUAUUUCAAAUUGGGAGAUUAUGCCGUUGAACCCGUAGGUCUUUUGGCAGGUUUACUACAACGUCCGUCUGUACUUAUAUAUCACUUCUUUGCAGUCGCGUUCUACUCAGUAUACCUUGAAGCAAAAAAGAACAGCUGGACAGGUGCUCCUCAGAGUCUCCUCAUGUUCUGUACAGUCAUUUAUACUGCAUGCGUCACCAUUUUACCUUAUCUUUGGACUGAAGUAAAAUAUUAGACCCCACUACUAUCAUACGCACAAUCGUACUUAUUACCUCAUUACUAUUAUUACUGUUAUUCUUAAUAUUACUCUUACUGUGAACCUAUUACUAAUUUAAAUCCCCAACUUGCAAGAAAAAAAAAAAAAAAAAAAAAAAAAAAAAAAAGAAU